AUGAUGCGAGCAGCAAGAUAUUAUGGGAUAGAGGACAUUCGUGUCGAGCAGGUUCCUCAACCUACAGUGAAAUCCGGCCAAGUCAAGGUAUCUCCGCGCUAUGUUGGUAUAUGCGGUACCGACCUGCACGAGUACCUAGGAGGCCCAAACUUCUGUCCCACGACACCUCAUCCCCUCACCAAAGAAGCCAUCCCCGUGACUCUCGGCCACGAGUUCUCAGGCGUCAUCACCGAAAUUGGCCCUGACGUCGAAGGCUUCAAAGUAGGACAGCCCUGCGCAAUUCAACCGACGCUCUUUUGCGGCCACUGUGCAGCCUGUCACAACCACGCCGAGAAUGUCUGCCAUACAGGCGGCUUCGUCGGAUUGAGCGGAGGCGGCGGAGGCUUAAGCGAGUCUGUCUGCGUGAACGCCACACACGUCCAUCCUCUGCCCGAGGAUCUACCUCUUGAAAUUGGAGCGCUCGUCGAGCCGCUGUCUGUCUCGUGGCAUGCCAUGACUGCGGCACCUGAGAUUGGACCGGGUGCAAGAGUUGUAAUUCUCGGAGGUGGACCCAUUGGCUUGGCCAUGAUUCUUUGUCUCAAAGCGAAGGGCGUGAGCGAAAUCAUUCUCUCAGAGGUUGCAACUUCGAGACAGAACUUUGCGAAGGUAUUUGGCGCGACACGUGUUGUAAAUCCGAUUGAAGAGAACCUUAACGAGGUCGUGCUCGGUUUGACCGAUGGUAGAGGCGCUGAUGUUGUUUUUGACUGCGCUGGUGUGCCGAUGAGUAUUAAGAGCGCGUGCGAAGUCGUUAGGACGAAGGGCACUGUCGUCAACCUCGCAAUCUGGGAGAAGGAAAUACCCUUCAACCCGAACUGGAUCACGAUGAAGGAGAGCUCAUACAAAUCGGUGCUCGGCUAUGCCCACAAGGACUUCCAAGCUGUGAUUGCAAACCUGGCCUCAGGUAAGUUCUCCAAUACUCUUCUCGGGACCAAGGCUGACAUGUCCCAAGGCGCGAUAAAACCUAGCCAGAUGAUCACAAGGAAGAUCAAGCUGGAGAAUAUUGUAGAGGAUGGAAUCAAAGCAUUGAUCCAUGACAAGAACAAUCAGGUCAAGAUAUUGGUGGAUAUAAAUGAUAAUAUGGCCGAGUCCUCAAUCACCCCGGUCACUGAGUGGCCAGACUACGCUGUCGAUCCUACCGGUGGAAAUCCCGUCACUCAUGACUUGAAUGCUCCGUAUGACAAGGGAGACUUGGCUUGGAUGCUAGUAUGCACGAUUCUAUGCUGGCAGAUCACACCCGCGAUCGGCUUCUUGGUAGGUUAUCCCAUGAACACAUUCGGAGCACGUCUAAUUCCAGCAUCACUCUUCUGCGCCUGCGCUGUGGGCAUCCAAUACUGGAUCUACGGUUACUCUCUCUACCAAAGUCGUACCACGAAUCCCAUUCUCGGUGACCUCUCAUUGGCAGCUUUCCACAAUGUUCUCGCCCAGCCAUCGAUCGCUAACGGAGACAUCCCUGAGAUCCUAUACGCUGUUUUUGGUGUUACCUUUGUGACAGCUACCGCGAUGAUCUUGGCUGGAGCUAUGCUGGAACGAGGCAGACUUUGGCCGAGCAUGGUAUUUCUCUUGUGCUGGACUACCUUUGUCUACUAUAUCCUUGCGUACUGGGAAUGGAACCCAAGCGGAUGGCUCUACAAUCUCGGACUCUACGAUUUCGCCGGCUCUGGGCCUGUCCAUAUUGCGUCAGGCUUCGGAGCUCUAGCCUGGUCGAUGAUGUUGGGACCUCGAAUCCCCGAUGCCACUAUAACCGAUCGAAAGCGCGCAGUGCACUACAAGCCUCACAAUCCACUUCUUAUGUGCUUUGGAACUGUCCUUAUCUGGUUCGGCUGGUUCGCAUUCAACGGCGGUAGUACGGCCAACCUCAGUCUUCGAUCCAUCUACGUCGUUGUCAACACAAACAUGUCGGCUUGUGCUGGUGGUAUUGGUUGGGUUCUGCUUGGGUAUCUGCACACUCGCAAGUUCAGUCUCGUUGGCUUCUGCUCAGGCAUCAUUGCCGGACUCGUCGGUAUUACACCCUGCGCAGGCUUCACUCCCAUCUAUGUCGCCCCCGUUAUCGGCUUGGCCACUACUGUCGGCUGUUUCUACACUGUCAAGUACAAGUACCUUCUUUCCAUCGACGACGGACUGGAUAUCUUCGCCAUCCAUGGAAUCGGCGGUGUCAUCGGUGACAUCCUGACCGGCCUUUUCGCAGCCCAGUGGGUGCCCGCUCUGGACGGUGUCUCAGGAGACACAUAUGAUGGCGGAUGGUGGGAAGGCAACUACAAGCAACUCGGCUACCAAAUUGUCGGCGCUCUUACCUGCGCCGCAUGGUCAUUCGUUGUGUCGUGUCUGCUACUGUUUGUUAUCAACAAGAUUCCUGGACUCCACCUUAGAGCGAGCGAGGAGCAUGAGAUUCGAGGUCUGGAUUACAAGUACCUCAGCGAUGUCGACUGGGAGGAUCAUUAUAUGAACGGUGGUGUCACGCCUGUCAUGGAUGGUACACCCGUGCGAGUGGGUACGCCUCAGCAAACGGUGGAGCCGAAGGGUGAUGAACGAAAGGUUGACUAA